AUGGUAGCACCGAAUCCGCGAUCGGCUAAUGCAUGCGAGGCAUGCCGCCGACGAAAGGUGAAAUGCUCCGGCGAACAACCUUGCCGAGGGUGUUUAAAACAUGGCUGGAGCUGUACAUUUGGGCAUACAGGUCGAAGAAGAUUCUCUGAAGCUCAAGUGCAGCAUCUCCUGGACAAGAUAAGGUCGUACGAAGAGAGGCUUGCAGGCCAACCCUCCGAGCCAUCGAUUCUCUCUCCCGUUACUUCCGGACCAGGCCCGAGCCGUACAGCUCGGGAAGCCGAGGCCGAAACGCCGGCCAGCAGUGGGCCCAAUAAUCCAUCCCGGGGAUUUUCAUACAAUGAAAGUGUUUCUGCAAUCAGUCCCGAACAAAUUGAAGCGACGGAUCUCGCAUCUGGGCCGGCAUUUGAAUCUCAGGCCAGAUCUCUCCUAAAUAGGUCUCAACCAAGUCCCUUUGCGGCUCGAGAUUAUACGAGAAGCAGAGGUCAUAGUCGUUCUUAUUCUCAAUGGACAUCAGUCGACACAUUACUCGAAGAUAAUAACGAAUUAUUGCCGUCACUUGAGCAAUCACAAUAUUUGCUCGAGCAAUUCCUUUUUUACUUGGGUGUCAGCCAGCAUUUCUUUGACUCGAGAACAUUCUCGGAUUCUCUCAUGCUUCUUUUUCAGACUUCAGAGACCCGAGAAGAAGUAAAAAGAUCUACAUGGUACACCGAAUAUCUUCUUGUCAUGGCAAUGGCCAAGCUCAUGGACGUGGAAAGUCCCACCAGCCAGCCACCUGGCUCCGCCCUUUUCACGGAGGCACUGAGUCGGCUUCCCCAAUUACAUCAUCUCGGGGGGGAGGGUGUUAUCGCUGUCGAGAUACUUACGCUCAUGGCCACAUAUCUCCAGUGGUGCGACCGCAAACAUGAUGCAUAUCUUCAUAUUGGCCUUGCAUUGCGCCUAGCCAUUGCACUUGGUUGCAAUCUCCCCGAAAGUGAACAAAGCUGUCUUCCGUCUCAGAGUGCUCAUAGAGUCCGGUUGUGGUGGACAGUUUAUAUGUUGGAUCGGCGAUUGUCAUCCGGUCUAGGUUUGGCCGCUGGAGCUGAUGAGCGACAACUCCGAGCUGGCUUUCCCAGAAACGUCGCAGGCUUUCAAUCCCCUGUUGCACUAAAUAUCAAUGUCCGUAUUGCUCGUAUAACAGAUGAGAUCAUGUCAUCGCUGUAUGGGAAUUCUUCCAUCACAGAGCUUGACUUGGUCAAAAGGAUCCAAGACAUCUUGAAAGAAUUGUCUGACAUCGGUCGGUCGUUUCCUCAAGCUCUAGUUCUCGAUUUUACUCGACCUCUUGGCAAUGUCACCCGUACAGGUGCAUCUCUAUAUCUAAUGCUUUUUCAGGCUAUCAUCUUAUGUACUCGACCAAUAUUGCUACGCAGUGUCCGUUUAGGGGUCCAACGGCAGCAAAGACUAGAGGCCUCUGAGAUAGUACCCGAUAUGCUUUCACGGCUUUGCGAUACUUGCAACGAAGCGGCCACGCGAAGCUUGGCAAUAUUGCACUCCCUACAACGCCAAAGAACAAUACCCCGCUUCGGAUUUUUCGAUUUAGAUGCGACAUUCUCGGCCGCAUUUGUACUCGUUAUGGGUGGCUUUAUCAAUAACUCCCAGGAUGAGCCUCCUCCGGCAUUGAGCCAAGCCUACGAGGUUCUGCAAUUUUUAGCUCGGUCUGGGAAUUUUGCAGCUGAGCAGCGACUCCAGGACAUUUCCCAGUCUUGCUCACACGUGUGGCCAAGCCAUAUCUUCAACAAAGCUUCAUCGAGUGAAGGGUCUCCCCAAGUCAGCAUGAAUUCACGACCCGGAGGACUUAAUCUAACUCGGGACGAAAGUGGAGACAGGCGCCGCUUCGGAAAUUUUCCAAUACAGCCUCGACCAAGCAUGUCAUUUGAACCAGGUAGUCGACACAAUCAUCAUGAUGAGAGUCAAUUACUUGAGCCAUGGGCAAAUCUGCUAUCAACAGAUACGGUUUUUGGCACGCGGGAUGACUGGAAUAUUGACUUAUCUGGAGAGGCAGAAGACAUAUACUCCAGUUUCAACAACCCAACUCUUCCCUUAACGGGUGUUGAUUACAUGGAUUGGUUGGAGAUUGAGAAGGUACUCAAUGGUCCAGAGACACUACCAAGUUGA